AUGGUCCAGUUGGACGGCCCGACAGGCUAUGCGGGCUUGAGAACCACCGGCCUGUUAUCCCUCUACUGCCUGGAGCGGGGAGCCGCGCUGCUCUGUGAAACCAGCCUGGCGCUUUAUCCCCCAACUCUAGGAACCAGGUCAGCUGGGCCUUCGCCCAACCUGUCUGGCCCAACUCCAAGCUUAGAGCGGGCAAGCCAGAAAUUGGAUCAUCAAGCCCAGCCCUUGAGGCCGGCCCAAUGUCCCACAACCUUAGUGCCUCCACUUGGAUCACAAGCUCCCGUUACAGAGCUCGGCGGUGGACCUCGUUUUCCGCGCACUAAUAACCACAACCAGCAGCUUCAUUUUCAGCGAUGUGGUAGAUAG